AUGGCCGGUGAAGAUCGUUGGCCAAAACCCAGAAAACUGGUCAUUGCCGAAGAUUGCGCUGGAUUGGGGCCACUAGUCCCAUGCUGUAAGAUGGUUGGAUUGAAACCUGAACCCUACUACAUGAGCGAAAGUGAUGGACCAUUACGGGACCGCUUGAAAUCCUUAUACAAGCCGGAGCUUUCUGCUGAUGGCCACUACGAUGUGCAGUGGAAGGUCAUGGAUGCUUUUGGAUAUGCUGGGCUCCCCCAGCGGCGUGAACGGCUGUGGAUCGUGGGGACGAACAAGUAUGCCACGAGAAGAAAGUUCCAUUUUCCUCUCCCUUUGCCAUGGGCCAAAAAAAUCAAGCUGAGCAACUUCCUGGGAAGGAAAAGCAAAAAAAUCAAGUUCCCAAAGACUGACUCUGGGCGGAAGCGGCUGCGCGAUGGAUUAGAGUUCAUCCACGACCAGGGUUUCGACACCAAGGAGUGCUGGGUCGUAGACUGUGCCGCGAGCAAGAAGUUCCAGGGAAAUCCAAGUUAUGAAGUGUCCCCAUGUUUGACCCGUGCUCGUGGAGGGGGUCAAUCAUUCUGGAUCACGAGCCAUGGGCGAUACAUGAACUUGCAGGAGAAGGCGGCAAUCCAAGGGUGGCUCCCAGUUGAGCCUGGGGAGUUGACAGCCGCGCAGCUGGGGGCUGCUCUGGGGAAUGCGUGGCCCCUCCCGCUGGCCCCGGCGGUGGCUCCAGAAGCCGAUGGCUGCAGCUCCUUUGACAUUGCGUUAGAGGUGGGUAAGAAGAUCAAGUCUCUGCAAGUUGCCACGUGUGGGGCAUCUUCUGAGAAAGACAAGAAAGACAUCUUCGAUUACAUCAUCUCCGAGUUGGGAAGCCUUGAGCGAAAGGAUGAUCAAAUUCGAAAGCUCAUGGCUCAGAUGCUGAUGCGAAAUUUGGCCAAUGUGGAAAAGGCAACUGGAAGUCUUGUCGAUAGCCUUGGCCAGGGCAGCGCAACAGACACAGACGCAACGCUGUAUGAAGAGACUUUUUAGUUAUUGUUGCUUUCAGUUUCUGGAAGAUCUAUUUAAUUUAUUAUACUAUUAUUAUUGUAUCUAUCCAAUUUUCUGCAAAUUUUCUGCAUGUUGUGACUUCUUGAGCACGCAUAAGACCGUGACUCGUCCAACAGAGCUAGCCCACAGCUGGCAGCGAAUGAGUUUUGGCACCUCAUGUGGCUUCGAAAAAUCGCCCAGAGAUUGGCAGCUGCCGAUUUCUCAACAGGGACAGAAAUGCUUUGACGUAGACCCUGAGGAAGGCGCAAGUGUGCCCCAUCUUUUUGCCUUGUGACCACAGUGGAAGGUUGCCUAAAUUGGCACCCAAGGGUGGGACAUGUAGACUUUAGAUGAGAUGUGAUUGACUCCGCCUCUGCUUUUCGCAUGUUGUGCAAAUCCACUGUUUUUUUUUUACGGUGUCAGUGCGUGGAUUGGUGCUAUGUUCCAUGCGGCGUUCUCUGCUGAGUAUACAUGGAUCUGUUGGUCCACCAUUGUGUCUCAGUAUGAAGGAUGGAAUGAACAGCGAUGUGAAUUCAUGCAAACUAUAAUAUUCUAAUGCACGUGGGCAACACCCUCAACAAGUCAUGCUAUUGGCUGACUGGGCCCAAGCUUGGUAAAGGACGCGAUCCUUUAACAGAUGAAGUUGCUGUUUUGCUCCGGAAAGUUGUUUUUGUGUUUGCAUAGUAGAGCCAUAGUUGUAUAAAGAUCAAGACAGGACUCCUCACAUUCGCGGUUGUCGUGUCAAUGUAGUUUCGGUUUUUGGCGAAAAAGUAUGAUAAAGCAAUCAGAAUUACCUGUGACUUGAGACUUUGGCCACUGUUAUUUCUUGCCAUCAUCUCAAUCAUCUCGGUAUUUUAUGGUAAGUUCUCGUCCUUGACGUGUCACAUUCGUGUGGUACUGAGGAUGAUCCUCCUGGAUUGUGCAGAAACGUGCGGAGCAGGCACCUAAGCUGCACCCAAGAGUGCCCAAAGACGCCACCCCCAGAGGAGCUGCUCACAACAGCGACUGCCACGUUGGCCGGGGACUUCUGCUACCAGUGACAAAAAAAACAGCACUCUGCAGAGUGUAAUGUCGCGCCUGCGAAAGG